GUUCUGCGCUCUGCAAAGAGCUGGUACAUCCCUAAUAACUUUUUGUCUUUGAGUUCCCUCGGCCCACAAUGCCUAAUAUAGUAUAUGUAGGGGGCUUCCACUGCAAAAAGGCCCAACCCCUCCCCGCUGAGCUGGAAGCAUUCAUGCAGAGCUCCGGAGAACACGGAGUGGUUGUCAUGUCUCUGGGGUCGUUGAUAUCAGUCUUACCUCGGAAGGUCACAGAGGCCAUUGCUGCUGCUUUUGCUGAGCUCCCUCAGAAGGUGAUUUGGCGUUUUGUGGGUGAAAAACCUUCAUCUCUUGGAAACAACACCCUGCUGUUGGAGUGGCUACCUCUGAAUGACCUCCUGGGACACCCCAAGACCCGUGCCUUUGUGGCCCAUGGAGGCACCAAUGGCAUGUAUGAAGCCAUCUACCACAGUGUUCCUGUUGUGGGCCUCCCACUCCUCUUUGACCAGUUUGACAACUUACUCCGGCUGAAGGUCCGUGGUGCAGCUCAGGUUGUAGAGGCUUACUCACUGACCAAAGAAGACUUCCUGGGCGCGCUCAAGGAUGUUCUUGAGAAUCCCCCUUUCCACACUAACAUGCAGCAUCUGUCCCAGCUACACCGUGACAAGCCAGUGACUCCAAUGGACACUGCCAUCUUUUGGAUUGAAUAUGUCAUCGGGAACAAAGGAGCACCUCACCUACAGUCAGCAGGUUUUCAUCUGCCUUGGUAUUCCUAUUUCUGCCUGGAUGUGGCUGCUUUAACCAUAGCUAUAACUGGAAUUUUCACCUGGGCUUUGGUCUUUAACAAUCUUCGCAUCAAUGCCAGCAAGACGAAGGAGCUGGUCAUUGACUUCAGCAAGAAGCCACCCCCUAUUACACCAGUGAACAUCCAGGCUUUGGACAUUGAAAAUGUGUCUCUGCAGCCAUAUGAAAUUCAGAAAGCUGAGCAAUAG